GUUUUUUAUGAAACAUAGUAUAAUUUGGUUGUGUACAUUAAUACUGUUCUUUGGAAAUGCUAUAAAUAUGUAAGUUAAGUGAUAAAUCAAGUAGAUAAGAAAAUUAAACAGUGUUGUAAGGUGAAAAAGAAAAUGGAAAGGUUUAACAUAUUAAAUUAAAUGAAAAGGUUGUGAAUGUUAAAGACUCACAAGAUUUCUAUAAAUUUGUAGCUUUAAAUCAAAAAAGAUUGUUUGAAAAAGAAUUCAUCUAAAAAUCUUCAGCUUCUGAAAACUUAAGAUUACACAAUUUCAAAAACAUAUAAUAUACAGCAGAUAUAGGAAUAGGUUAGUCAGGAAAUGUGUUUAAGGUGGUUUUAGAUACGGGGAGUGCAAAUUUAUGGAUAGAUUCUAAUAGAUGCACAGAACCUGGUUGUUUAAGACAUAAAUAAUAUAAACAUGAAGAAAGUCAUUCAUUUUUACCUUUGAAUUAAGAAUUAACAGUUGAAUUUGGAAGUGGUGAAUUAAAAGGACUUGUUAAUUCCGAUACUAUUUAUUUUGGAGAUAUUACAUUACCUAGAUAAAAUUUAGCAGAAAUUACAAGUGAAAAUGGAAUCAUUUUUAAAAGUCUAGAUUUUGAUGGAAUUCUUGGUUUAGCAUAUCCAUAAAUGGCUCCUAAAAAUUUCAAUCCAGUUUUUGAUAAUAUGAUAUAAUAACGUGCUUUAGAAAAGAAUUAAUUUGCAUUCUAUUUUGCCAAAGAUCCAAAUGAUAUAACACAUAGUGAAUUUACAUUAGGAGGAUAUAAUUAAGCUCAUGUAGAUGGAGAUAUUAACUAUCAUAAUGUCAUAGAUAAAUAUUAUUGGAUGAUUAAAGCUGAUAGUAUUUUAGUUGGAGGAUAAGAUAUUGGCUUAUGUGAUGAUGGAUCCUGUAAAUUAAUAGUAGAUACUGGUACAUCAAUAAUGAGUGGACCCAUGGAUGACGUAGGAACUUUAUUAAGAAAUUUAAAUGUCAAAGAUCAUUGUUAAGAAAUAAAAUCUCUUCCUACAAUCACAUUCAAAAUAGAUGGAAUUGAUUACAAUCUUGAACCUGAAGAAUAUGUCAAACCUACUUCAACUGACAGUUCUGCUUUUGCUGAGAUGAAUAGUUCAGAAGAUUGUAUUAUUCACUCUUUUAUUAUAUAUAGAAUCAAUGGUUGAAGUUAAUAGUUGGGAUUGUAUUGCUUCAUUUAUUCCCUUAGACAUCUAAGAACCGUAAGGACCUGCUUGGAUUCUUGGAGAUGUUUUCUUAAGGAAAUAUUAUAGCAUCUAUGAUAGAGAUAAUGAUAGAGUUGGUUUUGCUAAAUCCAAAUGAUGACCAUUACCCA